CAUGUGAGCACAUGUUUAGAAGAUAGCGACUAUAAAAAGGAGUGGAUAGUACCAACAGAAUAUAAUCAACAUACGGUUGUCAAACAGUUCACACACAUUUCGACAUGGCAUUUAAAUUUGCAGUUUUCGCCGCCAUUGUGGCUGUGGCUAACGCAGUUGCUAUUGGGUAUCCCGCAGCUAUCCCAGCAGUUGCCAAAAUCGCAGCUCCAUAUGCCUAUCCUGCCGUUGCCAAAGUAGCAGCCCCAGUGAUUGCUAAAGCCGUCGAUGACUACGAUCCAAAUCCACAAUAUAGCUACAGCUAUCACAUCGCCGAUGCCCUGACCGGAGAUAACAAGGAACAGCAGGAGUCCCGUUCGGGAGACGUGGUUACUGGAUCUUAUUCCCUUGUUGAACCCGAUGGCACCCGCCGUGUUGUUGAGUAUACCGCCGAUCCAGUCAAUGGAUUCAAUGCUGUUGUCCAUCGUGAGCCUCUUGUCAAGGCUGUGGCACCAGUGGCCAAGAUUGCUGCCCCUCUUGCCUAUCCUGCCGCACAUGUUGGCUAUCCAGCCUAUGGCAAAGCCAUUCUUGGUUAAAUAUGCCAUAGUUACAUCGAAGCGCUUGUGAUUGCACGGAAAUUCACGAUUAAAGCGCUGUUUUCGAGGAAAAAAAUAUCGACAGACAAUUGCACCGUCUCUGGCCUUUGAGUACUAUAUUACAAAAUAAUGUACACAAUGUACAUCAUACAAUUAGAAUCAUCCAUUUGUAAAUAGCAGCCUACCCGCAAAGAACGUGAACGUACCAUAUGAAACUAUCAACUAUACAUACGAACAGCAAUGCUGCGAAAACGCACUCUACUGUUAUGUUUGACUGUGUGUGACUUAAGUGUUAUUCUAGUUUUAUUAGCCCAAUCAAAUACAAACAAUAAAUGCAUUUG